UUUUGUUGUUUCAUUAAAUAUCCUUCCCUUAUAGUGGGCAAUGUUUAGGCCUCUGGGAUCCUCGUGCAGAAAUGGGCUGCAAUUUCUUGAGGAACGUCAGUAAGUGGAGCCGACUCCGAGUGCACGAGACAAGAUUGUUUAUCGCCCAUGUCGGAAGUUUCACGGCCGAAGCUCAAUGCCUCUCAAAACACCAACAGUGGCGAGCCUAUGCUCGAUUUCCUACUCAACCCAGCAAAACCAGAGGUGCCAACACUUCGUCAUCGCCUUCACGUCCAUGUUCCUCGUCGCCUUCGUCUUCGGCUUCAUCCCAUUCCUCGUAUUCAAAGGCUGCUUUUGUGGGAUGGUAUUUGGGCAAGCUUGAAUCUUGGCCACUUAUCACGAAAUGCAUCUCAUCUUCUCUUAUUUAUACAGCCGCAGACUUGACUUCCCAAAUGAUUACGCUACCACCUUCAGGUUCUUUUGACAAAGUAAGGACAUUCCGCAUGGCUGCAUACGGCUUGCUAAUUUUAGGGCCAAGCCAGCAUCUGUGGUUUAAUUUUUUGUCAAAGAUUUUACCAGAGCGUGAUAUGCUGACAACCUUGAAGAAAAUUUUCAUGGGACAGGCUAUUUAUGGACCUUCAAUCACCACUGUUUUCUUCUCCUAUAAUGCAGGUUUACAAGGUGAAAGUGGUCAAGAGAUUGUUGGAAGAUUGAAGCGUGAUUUGCUGCCAACAUUAAAAAACGGUGUUUUAUACUGGCCGAUCUGCGAUUUUGUUACAUUCAAAUUUAUACCUGUUCAUCUACAGCCAUUGGUGAACAGUUCGUGUUCAUAUGUAUGGACAGUUUAUUUGACAUACAUGGCAAGCUUGAAAAAAGCGAGCAACAAUUAGUGUUGGGAUUUUUGACUUCUGCUCAUGUAGAGUGAUAUCAUCCGUUACCAAGGGAAGAAAAGAAGGCUUGUUGGUCACGCAAUUCAGGUAUAAAUUUGCGGAAAUUGCAUGUCUACUUUUAUUUUUCAAAUGCUUUUAGUUCUACAGAAUUAUGUUUUAUUUUAUAACUUGUUCAAACAUUUCUGUACACAAUUCCUUUUACUGCCGUUGAAAUUGAAAUUGAAAUUUGUCGGCUGUAGAUUGAGAAAUCUGUAAUUCUAUAACCAUUCCCGUACGUAUUUUGAUAAGAAACUAACGCGGAUUAGGAGAUAUACUGAUUAUG